AAUGCGAAAAAGAUAAUUUAUACCAAUGUCAAAAGAACAAGUUAGCCAACCCGGUCAAAAACAUUUCUCCAAGACGAAGGACAUUUUUGAAUUACUCACAAAUUUCAUCAUCUUAAAUAAUUCUUAUUACCAAGCGUAGAGUAGAUUUUUUUUCAAGUUAAUCCCUCCUUAAUCAUAAUUUAAUCAGACAAACCCAGGUCCACUCGAAAACGAAAGAACCCAAAAAAUCUAAUCAAUUUUCUACCCAUCAAAUUACCCUCAUAAACCUCACAUUUAAUGCACCAUUUCAGUUACCUUUUUUGAUCCGUUAUUGAAAUCUUAAAACCCCUCUUGUGAUUUGUAAUUCCACCCUCUUCUUUUUCAAUUUUAUCAUCUGGGAUUAAUUAAUUUACAGGAAAAAGAUGGGGUUAAUUUCUGGAAUGAUGUUGGGUAUGAUAGUUGGGAUAGCGUUGAUGGCUGGUUGGCAUCGUAUGAUGCAACAUCGAACACAUAAACGUACCUCAAAGGCUGCUGAUAUAAAGGUUCUUGCUUCUCUUGGCAGAGAUGAGCUGAAGAAAAUUUGUGGUGACAGUUUCCCAGAGUGGAUAUCCUUUCCUGUAUUUGAGCAGGUAAAAUGGUUGAAUAAAGAGUUGAACAAGUUGUGGCCUUAUAUAGCUGAUGCAGCAGAGCUGAUAAUAAGGGAGUCUGUUGAACCUCUUUUAGAAGAAUAUCGGCCUCCUGGAAUUACUUCGAUGAAAUUCACUAAACUCACUCUUGGCACAGUUGCCCCUAAAAUAGAAGGUAUUCGUGUCCAAAGCCUCCAGAAAAGUCAAAUAAUUAUGGAUAUUGAUCUCCGAUGGGGAGGUGACCCAAAUAUCAUCAUUGGUGUUGAAGCUGCUAUGGUUGCAUCAAUUCCCAUUCAGUUCAAAGAUCUACAAGUCUUCACAGUUGUCCGUGUCAUAUUCCAAUUGGCAGAAGAAAUCCCAUGCAUUUCUGCUGUUGUUGUUGCACUACUUUCAAAUCCCAAGCCUCGAAUUGAUUAUACAUUGAAAGCGGUAGGUGGAAGCCUCACAGCUCUACCUGGUAUUUCUGACAUGAUUGAUGAUACUGUGGACACAAUUGUGAAGGAUACACUUGAAUGGCCUCAUAGGAUUGUUGUUCCAAUUGGUGGUAUUCCAGUGGACCUAACCGAGUUGGAGCUGAAACCCCAAGGCAAAUUGACAGUGACAGUUGUGAAAGCAAGUGACUUGAAAAACAAGGAGUUGAUUGGAAAGUCAGAUCCUUAUGCAGUCAUUCAUGUCCGUCCGCUUUUCAAGGUGAAGACAAAAGUUGUUGAAGACAAUCUUAAUCCAGUUUGGAAUGAAACUUUUGAAUUGAUUGCUGAGGACAAAGAGACACAGUCGCUUAUCAUUGAGGUCUUUGACAAGGAUAUUGGGCAGGACAAGAAACUUGGCAUGACAAAACUGCCUCUACUUGAUCUGGUACCUGAUACUCCUAAAGAAGUUGAGCUCAGAUUGACACCGUCACUUGAUAUGACUAAGGUUAAGGAUAAGAAAGACAGGGGAACUAUAACACUCAAGGUGAUGUAUCAUGCAUUCAACAAAGAAGAGCAGUUAGUUGCUAUGGAAGAGGAAAAAAGGUGUGCUGAAGAGAAAAAGAAGAUGAAGGAAGCGGGUCUGAUAGGAAGCACCGUGGAUGCACUUGAUGGAGCCGCAUCACUGGUUGGAUCCGGGGUCGGAAUGGUGGGAAGCGGUGCGGUUGCUGGUGUUGGACUUGUGGGUUCAGGUCUUGGAGCCGUGAGUAGUGGGCUAAGCAAAGCUGGAAGAUUCAUGGGAAGGACGAUUACAGGACAUUCUGCCAGCCGAAGGAGUGGCUCAAGUACUCCUGUCAACCAGGAAAAUGGUAGCAUGAAAACCCAGUAGUUCUUUGUAGAGAAGGCGAAUUUGUCCAGAAUGUUCUUUUAGCCUCUUGCAUUUUUUUUUUGUGAUUAUGUUUUUUCUUAAAUCAUUAUAGGAAUUCUUGAAUUUGUUGCACAGUGAGUUUGUUCUUCAAUCAUAAUCUUAAUAAUCCAGAAAAAAAAAAAAACAAUAUCCUAUUAUACCAUCA